AUGAGGCUGUCAAUCUCUCUCCUGAUGGUGACUCUGGCCCUUUGCUGUUAUGAGAGCAAUGCGGUGGUCUGUCCUGCUCUUCUCGCUGAAAACUUUGGAUAUCUGUAUUUUAAUGAAAACCUGUUCCGAUUACAACUGGCCAAGUUUAUGCCACCAAGAGAGGCAUCUGAGGCACUGAUAACAGUGAAGAGAUGCACAGAUGGAAUGUCCAUUUUCAAACGAAACCUAAUUGCGAAAGCACUGGGAGAAGUCGUGCUGCAAUGUCCUGUCUGA